UAUUUAAAUAGAUAUUUGAAAUAGAUCUAUUGGUUAACAUGUAAGUAAUGAAUGGAAUCUAUCUCUCAAAAAGAAGCAUCUAUUAUUGUUUACCUUAAUGUACUUUUUCUCACAGAUCUGACAUCGAAGCAAGAAAAAGAAAACAAAUCAACAAUGACUAACAAGAUUUGAAUGUUGAUGUGUCCCUUUUUCUAUUGUGUACGCGAAUUACAAUGAAACAAGAAAAAGUACAAUCUUUUUCUUUUUUCUUUCUCUUGUAUUGUCAAAUCAAUUAUGAUGACUAUAUAAGUAAAACGCGCAGUAACUCUAUCUAACACACAACUAACAAUCGCACUAAGAUGGUCAAAAUCGUCAUUCUCAUCGUCGCUCUCGUAAGUCUCUCUGAUUCAUUCUGGUAGUAAAGUCUUUAUCAUUUAUUGACUGUAGGUAUGUUUGGGAUUAGUCUCAGCUCGUGGUGUUGAAAACCAUGGUCGAGGAGGUGGCGAUAAUCAUGGUAGACAUAAUGGUGGCUAUAAUUUUAAUGGACACCAAGGCGGUUAUUAUCAUCAUGGUGGUUUUAUGCAUGGUAAUGGCCACAGAGUAGCAUCUCUAGUAUGUGGCAAUAGCACCUUGGCUCAAUCAUUCUUGGCUCCUAUUCAAGCGGUUAUUGCACAACUGGCCAACAAUGGUUCUUUCGCGGAUUGGUUACAAGAGCGAGCACAAGAAGUGGCAUAUUUUCAGAGUACAACCAAUAAUGAUCUUCUUGCAUUGAACUGCACAGGAUAUUUCAUCGGUUUGGAUGGAGCUCGUGCACUUGAUAGGGCUGCCAAAACUCAACGAAUGCAAUACAGAAAGGCUGCCAAUAAUCUCUUCGAAGGCGUCUUUUUCAAUCUCUUGGGUUACCUUAGAGAUGAUAGUCAUGGAAAAUGA